GUUAUCAAAAACUAAAUAUAUUAAAAAAAAAUCUGCUGUCAAUGGCGAGUGUUUCGAGUAAAAAUGAGUUCCAAACAUAAGCAUAACAUGCAAGCUAUCUCUUUCAUCCUUGAUCUAAAUUAUAGCUAUCUCUUUCUAUACCAAAGGAACAGUUUGUUUAUAAAAUAGUCUGGAACGUGACUUUAAAUGUUUUCAUAGAUUGUCAGUGAGAAUUUUAUUUGUUAGUUUAUAUGAAACCUGACUGUUUUUAUCAACAAAUUGGUUCAGAAAAACCUUAAAAAUUACACGAUUUCUCAAAUAAACUACCAAACUACAUAUUGAUACUACUUCAACAUGAAAUUAUGUGGUAAACGUAACAGGAAAAAUUUCGAUUAAAAUCAUAUUUUUAUCGGAAGUUAUUAGACAAAAAAUUAUUUACGAUGGUGGAACCAGCGAAGCCCUUCGCGUGCACCAUGCCGGACUGCGGCAUGACGUUUACGAACGAGGAUCAUUUACAUGUACACACGAAAAAGCACGACAUGGUUCUAUCUUUAGGAAUGGAACAAAAGGCCGCUUUCGUCGCGGACCAAACGCCGACCCCGACCCGCUUCAUCCGCAACUGCGAGGAGGUCGGCCUGUUCCAGGACCUGCAGAAUGUCAACCCCUUCGACGAGGGAUUCAAGAGGGCCAUGGAGACCAAACACGGUAUCCUCUCCCUGGAGAGCGCGCUGGCCUCCUCCUCCGACGAGCUGCACACUCCUCAGAUGGUGUUCCCUCUGCUCGACGGAGACUCGGCCCUCUUCAGCACCACCAACAACCAGAGGAAUAUUACUAUUAGCAGAUCAUCAAGCGACGAAUCCGGUGCCGUAAAAGAGUUUGAAACAACAACAAUAUCGAAAUUAACAAAUGAAGUGACCACCAUCAGUAGGAUAGUCGGCAAAACUGAAGAGAAAGUCGACGAACGAAAUAAAGACAUCAGAAAAGAUUCCGUCUCAUACACAAAUAACGUUAUAAAAAUAAGUAAUCUCGUUAGAAAGGACAGUGUAGAGAAAAAUCCAGUGCAAACCCUCAUUUAUGAAGACACAGUUAUUAGAGAUGGCAAUGUUGUCUCAAAAGAACACACGGAGAAACUACAAGAAGUCCCGCCCAUCAUGAGCCAGAAGUCGCUGGACUUCAUAGUCGAUAGUCUCAAUUCCGACUUUGAGGACACCGCCAAAAAAAAGUCGAAGGCAAAUGAAGAUGAUUAUGAAGUUAUAAUUAAACUUCCUAACGGAAAACAGGUUAGAAUGCGCGCAGUAGACGAAGUUACAGAGAAAACCACCGCCAAAGAAGCUCUGAAAAAAGUUCUUACCGACAAAGUUGAAAAGAAUAAUCUACAAAGAUUAAAUAAUGUUAGUGGACCAAGUGUAGUACCUAUAGCAACCAGUAUCCCAGCUGGUACUUUAAUCCCUGUCACUUUAGUGCCAAGUGUAGUGCAGAAGGUGCCGAUUACGCCUCUCAAAGUGGCGAAAGUGUUUGAUAAGAAGCCCGUGAAGAGGAAAGUUAAGAGUGAGUGUGUGAGCGAGACAAGUGCGAGUGCGAAAGAGACGGAGAAGAAGAAUGGACUGCCGAAGAACUUGGAUAGCAGGAGUGCGGCGUCCAGGAGAUAUAGGGCAAGAUUAAAAGAAUCGUGGGUGAAACAAGCUCAGGAGAAUGAGAAACUACGUGAGUUGAAUGGGAAGCUGUUGGCGGAGCGCGCCUUCUUCCGCACCGCCAUCAGCGAACACCUCAAGAAGUGCCCCGACGCAGCUGACUUGAGAAAGAUUCUAGAGAAGAUUUAGUGAUUUGACUGAGGUUUGCAUCUUGAAGAGAAUAAUAUUUAUUUGAAAAAAUGUUGUUAUAAUAGGUGCUGAAUAACAUUUCAUCUUUGGCCUAGCCUUUUCCCAACUAUGUUGGGGUCGGCUACCAGUCCAACCGGUUUCAGCUAAGUACCAGUGUUUUACAAGGAGCGACUGCCUAUCUGACCUCCUCAACCCAGUUACCUGGGCAACACGAUACCUCUUGGUUAGACUGGCUGUCAGACUUUUUCAAGCUUCUGACUACCUGUAACGACUGUCAAAGAUGUAGGAAUAACAGCC